GGCGCAACGUGUACAAGAUUCAGAACGGCACCGUGUCGGAGGCAGCCGUGCGCUUCAACGCCGAGACCCUUGCCCGCUACGCUGUGCUCUCGCAGCUGAGCGGACUCGUCCCCAUCGUUGAGCCGGAGGUUAUGAUUGACGGCACGCACAGCAUUGAGACGUGCCAGCGCGUCUCGCAGCACGUGUGGGCGGAGGUGGUGACUGCCCUCCACCGCCACGGCGUGAUGUGGGAGGGAUGCCUGCUGAAGCCCAACAUGGUGGUGCCCGGCGCGGAAUCUGGUGUGAGGGCAACACCCGGGCAGGUGGCGCAGUACACCGUGUCGACACUUGCCCGUGUGCUUCCUCCAGCGCUCCCCGGUGUGACGUUCCUGUCGGGUGGUCUCAGUGAAGUGCAGGCCUCGGAGUACCUGAACGCCAUGAACCUUUGCAAUCUGCCGCGCCCGUGGAAGCUAACCUUCUCGUACGCCCGCGCCCUGCAGUCCAGUGCUCUCAAGGCGUGGGGCGGCAAGGACUCCGGCAUCGCUGCUGGCCGCCGCGCGUUCAUGCACCGUGCCAAGAUGAACUCGCUUGCUCAACUUGGUCGUUACAACCGUGCCGAAGAUGACAAGGAAUCGCAUUCGCUGUACGUCGCUGGAAAUUCGUACUGA